AUGAACAAAUCUGAAUAUGUGCGUCUCCUCAAGGAAUCAUCAAUCAACUAUGACAGCAAGUUUAGAUCUAUGAGUACCAAAAGACCAAAAAUGAGCGGGCGACCACCAAAGCACUAUCAUCCGCUAUUACAGAAAGAAAAAGAAUUAGCCACCGCCGCACAAAGAACAUUACCCAAAGAAAUCGCCCAACAAGUUAUUCAAAAAGGUUCGAGGCUUGGUCACCUAUAUGGCUUACCGAAAACCCAUAAGCGCCGGUUAGCAAUGCGCCCCAUCUUAUCCGCAAUGGGGACAUAUAAUUUCAAGUUAGCAAAGUGGCUGGAUGAAAAACUCAAACCACUAUCAACCAACAUUCACACAAUCAGUGAUAUUUUUGAGUUCGUGGAUGCUCUCCACGAUAUGGAAGUAGAUGAUCGUUGUGUCCUUGUUUCAUACGAUGUAACCUCGCUCUUUACCAACGUUCCUGUCGACGAAACAAUAGCUAUCCUUGCUGAAAAAGCGUUUCAGGACGACUGGUUGAAUAAAGAACAUAAUCUCAGCAUCACAAAAGCAGAGCUGGUAGAGCUGUUGAAUAUUGCCACAAAGCACCAGUUAUUCCAGUUCGAGGGCAACCUGUACGAACAAAUCGAUGGCGUUGCCAUGGGAUCGCCACUUGGGCCCCCAAUGGCCAAUGCAUUGUAA